AGUCUAAUGGCAGAGUCAAAAGGCUAAUUAAUUGGAUGUCGCUAAUUAGCGAGCGCUUUUCGACUCUGACUAUGACCAAUUCGGUGCACACACUAAAGUUUCGACCAUCCUAAUUGAGUACGGGGAACCGAGUGAUGGGCCAUUGAAAUUUCCAAGGGAAUUUCCGACUUUGAAAAUUCACCUAACCUCUUUCUUCUCUUUUGGUUUUAACGGAUUCGUUUCUGUUCAAUUAUAAGGAGUAUACUGUUGUUCCUUAUUUUUCAUAGACUUUCAGUUCAUUAAAUAAUUUAAUUAGAAAUAUGUGUGACGUUGUAUUAGGUUCUCAAUGGGGGGAUGAAGGUAAAGGUAAAUUAGUAGAUUUAUUAUGUGAUGAUAUUGAUGUAUGUGCUAGAUGUCAAGGUGGUAAUAAUGCUGGUCAUACUAUUGUGGUAGGAGAUACUAAAUAUGAUUUUCAUAUGUUACCUUCUGGAUUAGUUAAUCCAAAAUGUCUUAAUUUAGUUGGAUCAGGUGUAGUAGUUCAUGUUCCAUCAUUCUUUCAAGAAUUAGAAAAUUUAGAAAAGAAAGGUUUGAACUGUAGAGAUAGAUUAUUUAUAAGUUCUCGUGCUCAUUUAGUUUUUGAUUUCCAUCAAAGAACUGAUAAGUUAAAGGAAGCUGAAUUAUCUGUUAAUAAAACUGCUAUUGGAACUACUGGUAAAGGUAUUGGACCAACUUAUUCAACUAAAGCUUCAAGAUCAGGUAUAAGAGUUCAUCAUUUAGUUAAUGAAGAUGAUGAAUCUUGGGAAGAAUUUAAAACCAGAUAUCAUAGAUUAGUAGAUACUAGAUUAAAAAGAUAUGGUGAAUUUGAUUAUGAUACUGAAGAAGAAUUAAAGAGAUAUGAAACAUAUCGUGAACAAUUAAGACCAUUUGUGGUUGAUUCAAUUGAAUUUAUGCAUGAUGCUAUUGCUCAAAAUAAGAAAAUCUUAGUUGAAGGUGCUAAUGCUUUAAUGUUAGAUAUUGAUUUUGGAACUUAUCCUUAUGUUACUUCUUCAUCAACUGGUAUUGGUGGAGUUUUAACUGGAUUAGGUGUUCCACCAAAAACCAUUAAUAAUAUUUAUGGUGUUGUAAAGGCUUAUACUACUAGAGUUGGAGAAGGUCCAUUCCCAACUGAACAAUUAAAUGCUGAUGGUGAAGCUUUACAAACUAUUGGAGCUGAAUAUGGUGUAACUACUGGUAGAAAGAGAAGAUGUGGAUGGUUAGAUUUAGUUGUAUUGAAAUAUUCUACAUUAAUUAAUGGUUAUACUUCAUUAAACAUUACUAAAUUAGAUGUUUUAGAUACUUUUAAAGAAAUCAAAGUGGGUGUUGCUUAUAAAUUAAAUGGUAAAUCAUUAACUUCAUUCCCAGAAGAUUUAAUAAAAUUAGGUAAAGUUGAAGUUGAAUAUGUUACUUUACCAGGAUGGGAAGCUGAUAUUACUAAGAUUAAGUCUUAUGAAGAUUUACCUGAAAAUGCAAAGAAAUAUCUUCAAUUUAUUGAAGAAUUUGUUAAAGUACCAAUUCAAUGGGUUGGUACUGGUCCAGCUCGUGAUUCUAUGUUGGUUAAAGAAAUCUAAUUAACUAAAAACUAUUUUAAAAAAUAUCUCGUUCGUUUCUACAUUUGCACUUUGUCUUUUCAUAUGUCCUCUUAUAUCUGAAUAUAUAUACAUAGACGUUACUUUAGUGUUAAUAUUAUUAUUAUUAUACACCUGUUAAAAAGCUCU